AUGUCUCUCUGUACAGGGCAGGUGGCACAGCAGACGAUGCCCUCUCGUCAUAUAGAGGUCUUCUCUCAGUUGGCCCGGCAGAAAGUGAGCAAAACAAUCGAGGAGAGAAAGAGAAACGGCCGUUCACUGGACAGAAAACCUGCAGAGGUCAGCGUGAAGCAGACACCCUUUGAGAAAGCUGUCUAUGACCUCGCACACAACCAAAAGCUUGUUGAUGACCUCACCUUUGGCAGGCGGAUCGGGUUUUACGAACUUCGUGGGGAAAUUGGCAGCGGAAACUUCUCUCAGGUCAAACUGGGCAUUCAUGACCUUACCAAAGAAAAAGUUGCCAUUAAAAUACUGGACAAGAUGCGUUUGGACCAGCAUUCCCAGAAGUUGUUCUCGUCUGAGAUCUGCUGCAUGGAGAGACUGUCCCAUCCAAACAUUGUGCAUCUGUUUGAGGUGGUGGAGACAUUUCGCAGGCUUUAUCUAGUGAUGGAGUACGCCCCCGGAGGAGAGCUGUUCUCCAGGAUUGCAACCAGAGGGCGACUGUCUGAUAUAGAGAGCAAACUAGUGUUCUCACAGAUACUGUCUGCUGUUAAACACAUGCACGACAACAACAUCAUCCACCGGGACCUGAAAGCUGAAAACAUCUUCUACACCACCACUUACUGCAUCAAAGUGGGUGACUUUGGAUUCAGUACUGAAUGCCAUCCCAGUGACCACCUCACAACAUUCUGUGGCUCUCCACCCUACGCCGCCCCAGAGCUCUUUAGAGACAAGAGUUACAUUGGGCCGCUGGUGGACAUCUGGGCUCUGGGCGUCCUGCUGUACUUCAUGACGACAGCAACGUUCCCCUUUAACGGUUCUAGCCUCAAACGACUGAGGUUCUGUAUUCUCAGGGGUUCUUACUCCAUCCCAGCGUACAUCCCAGAUGCCUGCCAGCAGGUUAUCAAGGGGGCGCUGAGGCUUGUGCCCGCUGACCGUGUAACUCUGGCACAGGUAAUGUCUAGCCCUUGGCUGCAUGGUAUCGAGUACCCGAGGCCUUACACGCCUGCCCUACCAACACCAUCACACCUGGUCGAUUCGUCGAGGACACUCUCUGUGGAUGAGCAGUCGGUUAAGAAGGCAUUGGAGAAGCUGGGCAUUACCGAGGCUCACCUGAGGAACAAUGUGGUGUUGGAGUGCCGCAGUCCCUUGACCGGGGUUUACCGCAUUCUUCUGCAUCGCAUUCAAAGGACAAGAUCCAUAGAGGCAGCUGGAUACACGGUGCUCUAUCCGGCCAACACCCAACCCAUAAGACGCCGCUGGUCACAUCCUACAAGCGUUCCAAAGAAACACGACGAGUCAGCUGUAUGUUCCAUCCUAUAG